UUUCAUGCUCCGGUCUCCGGAUGGCGGCGGCAAGGCCGAAGUGAAUGACUCUCUACUCUUUACCUACUUCAUUGAAUACCUCAGGUAAUUAAUUUACUAAGCUUUUUCCUCUUCUUUUUACCUUAAUCUCUGUUGCUUUUUGAAUGAGGAUAGAAGGAAAAGACAAAAAAAGGUUCAUCAAUUUUUUUUCUAUCUCUUAUUAUUAUUCUUUGACCUCUUUUCCGCAUUCGUCUUUACUGGGCGUUCCGAACCUCAAACGCGUCUGCUAUCAAGGUUGCCUCAUUGUUAAACGAUAAGCAAACAACAAAUAAACACUCCUCCCCCCGUUGUCAACACAAAAAGAGGCGAUAUCCAAACAAAAUUUGCCAACGAAGCAAAGCAAAGCAAAGCAAAGCGAAGCGAAGCGGCUGCGGCUUCUUCUAAAUCCAAACACCACCUUGCUCAACUUUUGCGCGUCCAAUCGCCGAAGCCGCCCCUCCUCGACCGCCCUUUCCGUACAGCACAGCACAGCGCAGGCAGUCAACAACUCCCUUUCGCCGCUGGCGCUGGCCUGACUUAUUAAGCCCGGCCCAUCUCGUCAACUCGCAACAACCAACUACCUCACCCACUCCUCAACUUUCGGUCCUUUCAAACACACGCUCGCUUGGAGGAUUCUCGUCGUUGGACGGACGGAAUAGCGCACCUAAUUAGUUAUCGAUAGUCAGUCAUCAUGGCGCAAAAGAGACUUAUGCAGGAACUGCAACCCCUCCAGAAGGAGAAAUGGGUCAACAUCGAGACCGAUGACUCGAACCUUCUACUCUGGAAGAUCGGCCUCUGGGUUGUUAACCCCGAUAGUGUCUGGCACGGAGCCUACCUCAAGGCCGAGAUGAAGUUUCCAAAUGAUUAUCCUUACCAGCCGCCCAGCUUCAAAUUUCUGACUAAGAACAUCUGUCACCCCAACGUUUACACCGACGGCAAUCUCUGCAUUUCCAUCCUCCACAAGCCAGGCGAAGACGAGCAGUCAGGCGAGCUGGCCAGCGAGCGUUGGAAUGUUCUCCACGGUGUCGAAUCGGUCCUGCGAUCCGUUCUACUCCUCCUCGACGAUCCCGAAAUCAACUCACCCGCAAAUGUCGAUGCUAGCGUCCUCUAUCGUGAUAACAAGACCGAGUAUAACAAGCGAGCAAAGGACAUCGUUGAUAAGUCUCAGAAGGAUAUCCCGCCAGGGUCAAGGAUGCCCACUCCCUCCGAGCUCGCACCUGCGCCACAAAAGCCAAUUGAUGAUGAUGCCGACUUCUGGAAUAUGACAGACGAAGAGGAAGACUUUGGCGGCAGCGAUAGCGACGAGGACAUGGAAGACUUUGAUGAUGACGACGAGGAUGAUGAUGAUGUCAGAGACCAGAAGUAGACGUCCCCAGGAGGCCAUGCAUUUCUCAGCGUGGCCAGGACGAGUGAUGGGUUGGCCACUUUUCAUGCCUCUGCCUUCUACACCAUUUCGCGGUAUCCUCUUUCAUCUACAGUACUAUCGACAUAGCGAGGUGAUUUUAUUUCAUUUUUAAGGCGUUCAAGAUGCGCAUUACUCAGACUGGGACGGGCAUUGCAAGCAUCGAGCGAUACGGACAUUGAGGGAAUGCAGGCAGACCGGUUGUCUCUGUUUUAUACGUGCUGUUUACAUGGAGCAAGGGUGUAUUUAUCAGGCGUGCUUUCUAUAGACAGAAUAUACAACUUACAAAGAUUCGCUUGGUGCCAUAGUGAGGAACAUCUGUCGAUAGUAUUCCGUACUUGUCCUACCUAAUUGGAGAGAAAGCGGACACUCGCACAAGACAUCUUUAGUGCUGAUAUUGAUAAAGAACCCGCUCGACGGCAUGCUCUACCUUGUCCUGACUAGGCUACAUGAGCAAAACCCAAAACUCCAUGCGCUCAAAUGCUAUUCUAAUAAUCAUGCUAUGUAAGCCAGCGACCCCUUCAUCGAAUGGCACGCCCUCUUCACCUGCAGAACAAAAAAAGAAGAAUGUAACAUCUUACAAGCAAGCGUCGGUAUUCGUGAACUUUUAUCUCUCGGAGCCACCUAAGGUUUCUCAUCUGGGAUGUCCAUGUCCAUCAAAUUGGUUGGCUCCGCUCGCGUAGACGAGUUCCUGGACAAUGACAUAAAAGGAGGCGGCCUAGCCUUCUCUUGCAUCUCCGGGCUUCGAGGCUCCUCCGCAGCAAACGCAGUGUUGGUGUCUAAGUAGUCGGCUGUUACUGUGCUCGGUGUCAUGGUAGCUGAUGUCGGCUCUGUCGGAGCUGUUGAAUCUUGAGUACGGCCUAUUAGUGAAUCUGGGAUGUGGCCUUCCAUAUCAGUGAAACUAUAGACGUAAUCCGUCAUUUCAGUACCAACUCUUUCGUCGUCAUCAGGGAGGAAAGGGUUGUCAAAUCCGUUCCUAUCAUCGUCACUGCCGAUUGAGGCGCGAUUACUGUCCAUUGAACCACCGCUAUCAGACCGAUGCUUUCUCUUAGAAGGCGAGAAGGACGAAUGAGGCGAAAGAGACGAGCUGGACUCAAAGUUUCCCGUCUGCUUGGACUCAUUGACUGUGGAUUCUUCCUUAGAUAACUCUUGACGGAAAGCUUUAUUUUCCACCUUGAUGAAUCGUUCCAGUUGGGAUGAUAGAUGGUCUUUGGGCGUUCCAAGGGCGUCUUCCGUUGCAUAUAUCAGCAGUGGUUUCUUGGUAUC